AUGGCGUCCGAGCUCGCGCCGGGUCAGCCCGCGGCGGACGCGAACGCGGCCGCGCUCGCGACCGUCCCCGCGCCCGCGACCGCGGUGGAGGAAGCGGUGGAUCUCAACGUGCAUCCGUCCGGGAUCGUGCCGACGCUACAGAACAUCGUCGCGACCGUUAACCUGGACUGCAAGCUCGACUUGAAGACGAUCGCCUUCCACGCGCGCAACGUGGAGUACAACCCGAAGCGUUUCGCCGCGGCGAUCAUGCGCAUCCGAGCGCCGAAGACGACCGCGCUCAUAUUCAGCAGCGGGAAGAUGGUGUGCACGGGCGCGAAGACCGAGGCGCUCGCGAGAGAAGCGGCGAGGAAGUACGCGAAGGUCAUCUCGAAGCUGGGGUUCCCGGCGCAGUUUAAGGAGUUUAAGAUUCAAAACAUGGUCGGCUCGUGCGACGUGAAGUUUCCGAUUCGCCUCGAAGGCCUCGCGUGGUCGCACGGGCACUUCGCGCAGUACGAACCGGAGCUGUUCCCGGGUCUGAUAUACCGCAUGGUCGUCCCUAAGAUUGUGCUCUUGAUUUUCGUCAGCGGGAAGAUCGUCCUCACGGGUGGGAAGAAGCGCGAGGACAUCUACCAGGCGUUCGAGAACAUAUACCCGGUGCUCACGGAGUUCAGGAAAGUCGCGAACCCGACGGAGGAGAACCCGCUCGCGCAGCUGACCGCGGGGACUGCGGGCGGCGCGGCCGCGGCGUUGCCCGCGCCGCCGAAUAAGUGA